AUGCAACAGAUUUUUUGGAUUCUCAAAAAAGUGAGAAUGAAACACAGGCAUUUGCGAACAGAUUGGAAACCAGCAACACCUGCAAUACCAGUUGGAAUCCAAUGAAACCCUACUGGUUCCAGCCAGUUCCGUACCCGAAUCAGGCUGGUUUCCCGCUUCAACUGGUACCCACUCUGUUCGCAAAUGCCUGUGAAAAAAAAACUGUACACGCGAAAUUGCGAAUUUUUUAUUUUGAAAUUAUUUUCAUUUUGUUUUAUUUUUUUAUUGAAAUGUUUUUUCAACUUCACAAAACCCCACUGCAAAACGAAAACAAAACAUCAUUAUAUAUCUUGUAAUUAACAUAGUUUUUGAGUAGUUAUUUUUAUCGCAUUCAAGCGAAAUUGAGUGAUGUUUGUUUUUUUAAUUUAAUAUUUUUUAUCACUUUAUUUCAUUUUUUUUCAGAAAUCUAUUCCCACAGCGAUCACAUUGGAUCACGCCAAUGUACCCGAAACCGUCGAGCCUGCUCCGGUACAAGAUGCUUCGAGCAAUGAUUCGAGCACACUCCAAAUUGGUCUCUCAACCAUCAUCGAGCUAACCGAGGUAGAUUCUGGAGCUGCUGAAUCAACCGAUGAAUCGAGUGAUCCUGUUUCAAUGAUCCUCGAAGAAACAAUAGGCGAUUUUGGAGCUGCUGAAAAUGGUCAGUUUUGACACACGAAUCUUUCUGACAAGGGAAGUGCAUAGGGUUAGGUGUUGAACUUUUGAUGAAACGUUCAAAAUAAACCAAAUCGACCAUGCUGAUCACGAAUCCGAAGUCAAAAAUUGCCACAAAUGCCUGUGAGCACUUUUCUGGAGCUCCAAAGUUGAAAUUGAGUUUUGGUUUUCGUCCAUUUUCACCAUGUUCCUGGGUGGAAAAUCAAUUUCUAUAACAUGAAUAAGGUUGUUCUUCACAUUCGAAAACCUAUCCGCUUUUCAGUUCUUCGAAAAAUAUGAAAAACCAGCUGAAAACUGUAAUUUUCGAAAAUGCACGAAAAACUUUGAAAAACGUGUGUAUUUACGUGUGAUUGUGUGUAUUUUCAGGAUAUUCUUAAAAGUUGCAGUUUUCAGCUGGUUUUUCAUAUUUUUCAAAGAACUAAAAAGCGGAUAUGUUUUUGAAUGUGGUGAGCAACCUUAUUCAUGUUAUAAAAAUCUAUUUUCCACCCAGAAACAAGGUGAAAAUGGGCAAAAACCAAAACUCAAUUCUAACUUUGGAGCUCCAGAAAAGUGCUCACAGGCAUUUGUGGCAAUUUUUGACUUCGGAUUCGUGAUCAGCAUGGUCGAUUUGGUUUAUUUUGAACGUUUCAUCAAAAGUUCAACACCUAACCCUAUGCACUUCCCUUGUGAGAAAAAUGCUGGAAUUCCGCCGAAUCCUGCAGAAACUCGUGAAAUGUUGCGAUCGGUUGUUGGAAAUGCACGAUAUCCGCCAGAUGAAGCCGAAGCUCCAGCAGAAGCUCCGAGAUCUGAAUUCCAAAAGGCUACUCACCUUCCAGCCAAAAAUCCGCGAAUAUACGAGGUUUUCAAAGAUGACGAGGACCGUGCGCUCGACAGCGAUUCGUCAGACACGCCAAUUAAGCUGACAAUUCCUCGACAUGGAGAUCAAGAUGAUACGAUUCGAUCAAACGAUUCGGAAAACGCUGAAAAUGUUCUCGAAACAACAAUUCUCGAAGAAGAUCCAAUUAGAACCAAUGAAAGCUUGAAUAUAGACGAAAAUGCUCGUACUUCUCCAAAAUCGCAAAUUUUGAGAACGUAUUUGAAAAAUGAGAGAGGAUUUGUACGUGGGCAUGUGCCAGUUAACAUGGUUAGUUUUUUUUCAAAAUGUUCUCAAAAUUUGAAUUUUCAUGAAAGAAAAAUGGAGCAAAAAACUUACUAAUCCAAUAUUUUCAGAAAUUCGCGAUUGCCGAAAAUCCUGUGGAAAUGUCACUUGUUCCUGAAGAAUCGGAAAUAAGUUAUGAGGAUUAUUCGGAACAUCAGCGCAUUUUGAAGCAAGUCAGAGCAGGAAUUACAUAG